AUGCCACUUAAAAAAGAAUACUUGGGACAUAGUUUGUUACUACAGCAAUUAUACAUAGCAGUCAUGGCAGAAAAGAUUUCAAAUGAAUUAAGUCGUGUGUCUUAUCAAUCGUACUCAACACCUCUGCCAGUAGAGCCAAAAGAAAAGGAAGAGGAGCUCAAAUCUUGUUCUUCUGCAUCUAUAGCAGAGGGAGAAAGAUUAAAUGUUCAAUCAGCAACUACGACCAUUAGCACAACUACACAUAGCAAUACUAACAUGCUUUUCCAUGAUCGCAUGGAUCUAUUGGAACAAGAAUUAUACCGAGUAAAGAAGAAGUCAAAAAAGAGGCUUGAAGACAUACAGUUAUAUCAAGAUGAGUUGGCACAGCAAGUCAAUGAAUUAACAAGCUGGAAACUACAGUCUGAGCAAUCUAGAAGGAGUGAACGUGUUUGGAUGUUGAUGGUAAUGGUCUCUGUAAUAUUUGGGAUCGUUUCUCUGCGGACAUUCUUCUUUUUUUAG